ACCGCUAAAUUGAUGGGCUGGGUUAGUAUGCGUUUACUCGGGGUCUCCCGCUCGCGUAGAGUCUGACACGAGCUAGCUACAGUCUUCACAGUAUCAUGUCAAGAAAUUCACUCAUAGAGUUACUGUUACUAAUGUCGAUGUUCUUGUGCACUACUGCCAUACCAUUGGAAGACUUCUACCCAUAUGGUCCAGAUGUUGGAGAUUCUAAAGUAGACCCGGCAAUUAAUCACAAUGGGCACAUUUCUUUUGGAGAUGUUGAUGUUACGGUGUGGUUGUUUGGUCAUAUCUUCUAUGGUGCAAACGGCAUUGACGUGUUUAUUAUUCCUCCAAAUGAUAUUGAUAAUGCUGGAGGAGCUGCCUGGUUUCGGAAAACCACCUCUCAAAGCACAAAGGAGAGAGCAUUGACUGACAUACAACGUGUAUAUCCCUCUGUGUCAUACAUUGACCAGAUUUUGAUUGCCACAUGGGAUCAUCUUCACCUUUUGUCUCAAAACUAUCAGACCAACACAUUCCAGGCUGUAAUAGCAACUUCUGGAAAUGAAACUUAUGUAAUGUAUCUCUACGCUGAUGGUCUCAUGCAAUGGAUAAGUGCAAUUGGCGGUAUUAUGAUUAUGGUGGUAUUUCUACUGCAAAUGUUGUGUAUGCUUCGGCAAUCGCCACCUUCGAGCUUCCCGGUUCUGAAACCUGCAGCAUCAUUCAUGUUACAUCAAGAUCUAAUGUCGGUAUUCCAGGAAUGUUUGUGUUUGAUCUGGACGGAACACACCCAGUUUUUGUCUCAGAAUGUAAAGAGGGCGAUGUUCGUCUAGUUGACAACAACAUGAACACCAAUGCCAGUGGUAGAGUGGAGAUGUGUCUGGGUAGUGAGUGGAGGGUAGUGGGAGAUGUGACCUGGGGAGUGCAGGAGGCUACUGUCGUCUGCAGACAGUUGGGACUACCAACUGAUGUGGUAGUGGUAGGAUGGAAUCUAAAGAGUGCAGGUGUUCCAAUAAACUGCACUGGCAAAGAGUCUUCACUGAUGGAUUGCAGUAGUGAGCCUGGUAAACGGGGUAAUUUUUCAAUGCCGCUCAGAUGCAGUGGAGGGGCCACAACAUCCACCUGCUUGGCUACUGACGACUGUGAGGAUUUCCUUGGACAAGACUCUUUAACAUUGCCAGCUGUUUGCUUUAACAGAUAUGGAAGUUGUGUUCCAUUCUCACCCUAUCUGUUGGGAAGUGGUGGUAUUCCUUGUGAUAGUGUCUAUGAGAGUGGAACUGACUAUGUGUACCUCAAGAAUAGUAGCGAGUCCUUCCAACCACUCAAUGUACUUGGGGAGAUUGAACAACAGCUAGGUGACAUAUUCUCCAAUCAUAACUGUACACUCUCAACUGUAAGAAUGAUAUGUCACUACUACCUGCCUCCCUGUGGAAACUCUACUCAUUUUGAGCCACCGACCUCAGUCUGCUCUGAUGCCUGUUAUCAACAAAGUCAGAUUUGCCCCUUUCACUGGACAUUUGUUGAAUCAAGACUUGGGCAAAUUGAGAGUAAUCCUCUGAACUGCUCACUUUCUGAAUCUGUUUUGAAUCCUAUCCCUCAUACAUCUUGCUCUAAUCCCGGAGUGUAUACAAAUGUGACUAUUGGUCUAAGUCAGACAGUGUACUCAGUGGUGGGAAGAAGAGGGUGUGGCUACAGUAUGUGCAUCUGUUCUCUCUGGAACUACUGCUGGAAGGACAUUCAGUGUCAGCUACCAAACUGUUGA